AUGGCUCCGUCCGCAAUCAUUGCCCCCUCGAUCCUCAGCGCAGACUUUGGAGCAUUGGGCAAGGCAUGCUCAGAUACGAUCGGCCACGGAGCAGACUGGCUCCAUGUGGACAUCAUGGACGGCCACUUCGUCCCCAAUAUCACAUUUGGAGCACCAGUAGUCACCAAGAUCCGGUCACAUGUUGAUCGGCCCAAGAAGGCCCUCGGAAAAGGAACAUUCGAUUGCCAUAUGAUGAUCAAGUUUCAAAAGGCUGGAUGUGAUCUAUAUUGCUUCCACUACGAAGCUGCCAUGGACUCUACGGCGGCCGAGUCUCCUGAGACUGAGACUGAUAAGAAGACCAGCCCAAAAGAGCUUAUCAGAUACAUCCAUGAGCAGGGCAUGCGUGCUGGCGUUGCGAUUAAGCCCAAGACGGAUGUGAGCGUGCUGUACGACCUCUUCGACGGCGGUGACAAGGAGGAAGUGCCAGAUAUGGCUCUAGUCAUGACAGUUGAACCAGGUUUCGGCGGCCAGAAAUUCAUGCCCGACAUGAUGCCGAAGGUUCAGGCUUUGCGGAAACGCUACCCAGAUCUCAACAUCGAGGUUGAUGGGGGGUUGUCAGAAAAGACCAUCGACACAGCUGCAGAUGCUGGAGCUAAUGUCAUUGUUGCUGGAAGCGCAGUGUUCGGUGCACAAGAUCCGAGUGAUGUGAUUCGGAAGCUCAGAGAAGCAGUGGAAGGUCGCCGAUGA